AUGAAGAAAAAAGGAGAAUUAGAAAGAAAAUUUGGAGAAAAACUUCGAAAACUUAUUGAUUUGAAGAGAAAUUACGUCAAAUUUCUUGGUUAUAGCGAGUGUAAAACAAAAAUUACUGCUAGGUUGAUGAUGGCUGAUAAUCCUCUUCCCAAAAUAUGGGAAAAACUAUUGCGUUUGGGUUUCCAGAGGUAUUCAAGAGGUUCUCUUGAUGAUGAACAUUGCAAUAGAUUUAUGCCAAUUCGAUGA